GUUAGUGAUUGGUGGGAAGAAUAUAUCUACCUUAGAGGACGUGGACCCAUUAUGGUUAAUAGUAACUAUUUUGCAAUGGACUUCCUUUAUUUAUCUCCCACAACCCUGCAGGCAGCUAGAGCUGGUAAUAUUAUCCAUGCCAUCCUGCUUUAUCGGAAAAAACUGGACAGACAAGAAAUCAAGCCAAUUCUUCUAAUGGGAUCUACUGUUCCACUCUGCUCAGCUCAGUGGGAACGGAUGUUUAACACCUCCCGUAUCCCAGGAGAGGAAUCAGAUACUCUCCAGCAUGUGAAAGACAGCAAACACAUUGUUGUGUAUCAUAAGGGCCGUUACUUCAAAGUGUGGCUGUACCAUGAUGGUAGACUGUUGAAACCCCGAGAAAUUGAACAGCAGAUGCAAAGAAUUCUUGAUGAUGAUUCAGAGCCUCAGGCUGGUGAAGAGAAACUAGCAGCUCUUACUGCAGGAGAUAGAGUACCAUGGGCUAAAGCUCGACAGACUUAUUUUAUCCGUGGAAAGAACAAACAGUCCUUGGAUGCUAUUGAAAAAGCAGCAUUUUUUGUGACGUUGGAUGACAUCGAGCAAGGAUACAGGGAAGAAGAUCCAGUGAGGUCACUGGAUGCAUAUGCAAAAUCCUUAAUACAUGGUAGAUGUUAUGACAGGUGGUUUGAUAAAACGUUCACUCUUAUAGUAUUCAAAAAUGGCAGAAUAGGUCUGAACGCAGAGCACUCUUGGGCAGAUGCUCCUAUUGUUGGACACCUGUGGGAGAAUGCAAUGGCAACUGAGUGUCUUGAACUGGGCUACUCAGAAGAUGGGCAUUGCAGAGGAGAUACCAAUCAAAACAUUCCUGUUCCUACCAAACUACAGUGGGAAAUUCCAGAAGAAUGUCAAGAAGUUAUUGAGAGGUCUCUGAGCACUGCCAUAGCUCUGGCAGAUGAUGUGGACUUCCAUUCAUUUUUCUUCGAUGCUUUUGGGAAGGGUCUAAUAAAGAAAGCAAAAACCAGCCCUGAUGCCUUCGUGCAACUUGCCCUGCAGCUUGCUCACUAUCGGGACAUGGGAAAAUUUUCUUUAACAUAUGAAGCCUCUAUGACACGCUUGUUCAGAGAAGGCAGGACCGAAACUGUUCGUUCAUGUACUGUUGAGUCAUGUAAUUUUGUUCGAAGCAUGGAAGAUCCAACUGAAAGUACUGAAAAUACACUUAAGUUCUUUCGGCUUGCUGCUGCCAAACAUCAGCACUUGUAUCGUCUCGCCAUGACGGGUGCUGGCAUUGACCGCCAUCUCUUCUGCCUUUAUGUCGUGUCCAAGUACCUUGCUGUAGAUUCUCCUUUCCUUAAGGAAGUUUUGUCAGAGCCUUGGAGGCUGUCAACGAGUCAGACACCACAGCAACACAUUGAUCUGAAGAAGAACCCUGAGAUGUUAUCCUGUGGUGGAGGAUUUGGACCAGUGGCUGAUGAUGGUUAUGGUGUUUCUUAUAUUAUCCUGGGUGAAAAUGCCAUCCAUUUCCAUGUCUCCAGCAAAAUAUCUUGCUCUGAGACGGAUUCUCAUCGUUUUGGAAAAAACAUCCAAAAAGCAAUGGUUGACAUCAUGGGUUUAUUUAACCUUAGUAAAAACUGUACCAAGUAAUUUGCCUUAUUGGUGCCAAGCAAUCUCCUGUUGUUGGGAUGAGAACUCUUCUGAACAGUGAACCAGAGCAAGGUUUGUCAAACAGAGAAGAAACUGAGUCAACAUCUUCUUGAUCACCUAUGAAAACUUUAGCAGUGUAUUGAAUGUUUCAUUUUUUUUUUUUUUUUUCAGUAGUUUGGAAGAGUUUAUUUCCACAGAGGAUGACUUUCAAAAUCUUGUAUGUU